AUGCCUGCUCGAUUUGAAUUGGCCGUUGGCCUCAACCGAGGACACAAAACCACGAAAAUUCGUGUUGCAAAAAAUAAAAAUGAAAAGGAAAGAACUGUUGCAGUGAGACCUUCCCGUUUUAAGGGGCGUCAAACAAAACACACCAAAUUCCAACGUGAUUUGGUUCGUGAAGUAACUGGUCAUGCUCCCUACGAGAAGCGCGCUAUGGAGUUGUUGAAAGUCUCCAAGGAUAAGCGUGCUCUUAAAAUUUGA